GAGGAAUAAUCAGCAUUAGAGACGAAGUGAUUUUUAGUUCAGCCGCUUAUUUUGAAAUCAUUUAUUUAUUAUGUACGUAUUUAUGUAUACAUUACAUUGCGAUCAUAAGUGAAAUCCUCGAUUUGUCUUCGUGUCUCGGUGUUAUGGUGGCGGAUUAAAACGUUUCUAUACUAUGAUUUGCGAAUGGAUUAAUUAACGACACGAAAAAAGGAGCGUUUUAACCAACGACGAGUUCAUUCUUGCCUACUUAUUCUUAAUUUUAAGCUUCGGCCUUGGCCAGUGUAAAUAUUUCGUCACAUACAACAAUCGGUCUCUUCUAUAAUAUCUCUCCGUUUAGCGUAAGCUUUCCGGUGUGGUGCCCACAUCCCUUGAUAAUGAUUCCCCCUGCCGGAUACACACGCGAACAACAGCGUGGUUUAACCGGGGGUUCACCGGGGGACACGCGCACCGUCUGCCCUACAUAGCGCGCACCCUUUGUAGGCCGAAGUGUCAGCUGAGGACGACUCGCAACCUAGAAACGGCGGGUUCGCCCCUCCUUCCCUCUGUCGGUCGUUUAUAGACGUCGGCUGCGGGUCUCCUGAGGUAAAAACAAUCCCGAACACAUAGUUACCUCAGAGAAGUGAAAGUAUUUUACCGUGCGAAUGUAAUUUUGUGCAUUUUUCAACCACUUUUGUGUUCUGGACCCCUCGCGAGUCCCGGGCAAUGGCCGUCUCCUCGCCCAAUGACAUCAUCCACGUCCUUUGUAUACUGUUGCCAGGGGUUACAGGGUGACAUUUCGCGCCCUACAUGCAGGCUAUAUCACACGCGCGGUCCCAUUUCUGUAGUCACGUGUAAAGUCCUACAGCGUCAAGUUUUUGAGAUGGCAGACUCCGGUGUGCUCAUCACCGAGAGCGUCCGCACGAGCCCGGAGUUCACGGAACCGUACGCGCGCUCGGUGACCUAUAUGGAGAGAAAUAACAUUCUUCAGAUAUUUCAGGACAUCACAGAGAAUCUGAUUUUUUAUAUGCCAGAUGAUCCUCUUCUGUUCAUGCUAGAACAGGUGCAAAUGAAGAUCAAAAUCCGCGAUGAAUCACGUAAUACAUUUCUGAAAUCAUGAUGAAUUCCAAAACAAAUUAACAAGGGCUUUGCCAAAAACUAAACAAUUUAUGCUUUUUUAUGCAGUGCAUCGUUGUUUCCAAGCAACUGUUUUCAGAAUUUGGUUUCAAAUUCUUUCUCUUGUUCGACACCAUUUCUUCCAGUCGUUCUGUAUAUUUUUAAUGAGGUAGUGUGUGUGUCUUUGACCCAAAACUUUGAUAAGCAAACUCAAGGCGACAAGUCAGAUAAGGUAAACAUCUUUCCAAGCAAAUUACUUGCAGGCUUUGUUUUGAUUUCUCAAUGGAUGUAUUUGCAUGCGUUAUCACUCACGAUUCUUGUUGUAUGGAUUAACUGCGUUUCAAAAGAUACCGUAUCCUAAACGUUUUCUUGUCUAUACAUACAGUACAUGGUCUUUCCAGGCAAAUUGCUCGCUGGCCGUUUGCCACACAUGCACAAAUGCAGCUGGCUUUUGCACUGUACUCAAAUUUCCAUGAUGGAUUUUGGCUGCAUAAGUAAAGGAAGUCUUUGUUUAUAGUCGGCUCUUUUUACAGUGUGUUGUAUAGUUAUCUACAGUACAUUCCCACUAAAGGAUCAUCUGCCGUUUCAAGACCAGUUUGGCACAAGCUUUCACUCCAUCUUCGAACCAAGCUCGAGGGAUGCUUUGGUGAUGACAAGAAGGCUUUUUUUCUUUCAUUUACGUUCUGUCUUGGUUUAGUACAGCACUUGCAUUUACCAUCUGCUGUUUAUUGGGAAAUUCAAUGCGAGUCUGUUUCUGACAUGUCAUUAUAACAUUUGUGACAUUAGUAGUGAAACAAUAAAUGCAUUUGGGCGUUUGA